UGUGAUGCCACAACCUGCUUAUAAAGGGGCUCGCACGUUGUAGGCUGUGAAAUCAGUGCACGUCGCCUAAUUUUCGUGGGUCAGGCUGCCGUCCGCAUGGAGGUGAUCAGCGAGCUGGAGAAGGUACUGCCUGGGGCCGAGGCUGCCCUGCUGUGGGUCGGGGCGCUCACCACGGCCUCCCUGACUCUCUGGAUCCUCUACCGGCUCCUCUCCGGCUUCAGGAUAUGGGUGCUGGGCAACGGAGACCUGCUCUCCCCCAAACUGGGCAAAUGGGCAGUGGUGACGGGAGCCACGGAUGGAAUUGGGAAAUCCUAUGCGGAGGAGCUUGCUCGACGAGGAUUCUCCAUGAUGCUCAUCAGUCGCUCUCAAGAGAAGCUUGACGACAUUGCAGGGUCCCUCGAAAGUCGCUUUAAGGUGGAGACGAAGACAGUUGCUGUAGAUUUUGGUAAGAUUGACAUCUAUCCAAAGAUUGAAGCAGCACUUGAAGGCCUGGAAAUUGGAGUCCUUGUGAACAAUGUUGGCAUCUCUUAUCCGUACCCUGAGUUCUUCCUGCACAUCCCUGAUCUGGACAAUUUCAUUAACACAAUGAUCAACGUUAAUAUCACUUCAGUGUGCCAAAUGACUCGUCUGGUGUUGCCCAGAAUGGAAGCUAGAGCUAAAGGUGUUGUCCUCAACAUCUCUUCUGCCAGCGGCAUGUACCCAGUUCCACUGCUGACUGUCUACUCCGCCACCAAGGCUUUUGUUGACUUCUUCUCCCGCGGACUCCAAGCAGAGUACAAGUGCAAGGGGCUGAUCAUCCAGAGUGUGCUGCCUUUCUUUGUGGCCACCAAGAUGACAAAGAUCAGGAAACCCACUCUGGACAAGCCCACUCCUGACCGCUAUGUAGCUGCUGAGGUGACCACUGUGGGGCUGCAGGACCAGACCAAUGGUUAUUUCCCCCAUGCAGUCAUGGGAUGGUUGACCACUGUUCUGGUUCCCAUCAAUCUGGUCAUUUACUUUGGCAUGCGCAUGAACAAGGCUCAGCGUGGUGGCUACCUCAGGAGGAGAAAGCUGAGAUAGUUUGCAGUGAUGACCUAAAAGGAAAACGACUUGACCAACAACCAUGUCCUUUCAUUCCUAUCAGCUUAGUUUGGAUAUGACUGCCUGACAUUUGUAUCAGUGUUUGAAUAGUUUUGCGUGGAGGCUUUGAAGUACUGCCCCAGUG